AUGGCACACAACAACAACUCAGCCCAACCUACUACAGAUGAUUUACGACGGAAGUCAUGUCCAGAUCCGCAGCAGGCUUCUGACGAGGCUGAUGAAAUUUUGCGGCAAGGGAUUCAGCAUGAUCAUUUCGAAAACCUUCAGCAGUUUGUCACAGAAUUCAAAAAGGUCAUUCCAGGGCUCAUCGCCAAAAAUCCCAAGUAUGAUCGGGUGAAGGUGCUCCUUUUUUACUGGGAAGAUGGAGAACCGGACAUGAAAAAAGAAGCAAAGGGCUUGAUGAACAUUUUCCACGAUGGUUAUGGAUUUGCCGUCGAAGAAUUCAUAAUACCCGCCAACGAAAAAGCGGACUCAAAGUUCAUGCUUUUUCUUAUAGCAGAGAUCGUAAAAAUUGGGGAUGAGGAUGGGGAAAAUAAACUCCUGAUCCUUUAUUACGGCGGACAUGGCGAAUGGGACAAGGAGCACAACACCCACCUCUGGAAACCGGUUAGAGAAAAGAAUCAUAGGUUGUCUGAAGUGUCUAUACCGUUAGAAGGCGUGCGUUGCAUUCUAAAAACCGCAGGAUGCGACCUAUUAUUGUUACUUGACUGCUGCUUUUCAUUGGCCAUGAUGGGCGACGAUUUUGCCUGCAAGCGCCGUACCUGGCUUCUUGCGGCUGCUGGAAACGUUGAAAAGGCUGGUGGCACACCUGGAAAGACCUGGACCGCUGCUAUUACUCAUGAGCUUAAAGGACUGAAAGAUUCUGGUGGUGUGAGUGUUUCCCAGCUUCAUGACAUACUUGUCAGGUAUGAUAAGAUGCAGGGGCAACACAAGCUCUCGGCAACACCACACAUUCGGCGCUGGUCUGCCCCAUCCUGGCCAAGUGAUAUAUUCAUAGAGGUUCACAAGGAACAAAGCGAAGGGAGAGGUGUACCAAACGUCACGAAACAGCCGCAAAAGUUACAAACAGACGCCAGAAUGCUGAUAAAGAUUGCUUUCAGAAAUCCGGCAGACGAGCUAAAACGAAGUCUCUGGGAAUACUGGUUCAGGGGUUGCCCGCCCAAUUUCUCCGAUGUUGAGCUUGCCAUUUCGAAGCAAAUUGAGGUCGUGCACUUGUUUGAAGCUAACUCUUGUCUCCUCCUUGUGACGAUGCCGUGCAGUCUCUGGGCUUUCUUCCCACCUCAUCCAGCCUAUGAUUGUAUUGGCAUGGUUCGUGCACCAGAUGAUAUUGUUACGGAUAUCUUCGCUAGGAGUCCCGAUUGGGUUAUCUUCCCACCUCAUCCAGCCUAUGAUCGCAGUGGCAUGGCUAUUCGUCCUACCACCAUGACGUACCCUAUGCCAGGUUUUACAGCAGAGCAAACAGCCUCCCUACAAGCCAUGAUCACUGCCGCAAUCGAUGACGCAAUCAGUCAGGCUAUGCCAGCCUUCGAGACCAGACUAACAGCUUUCGAGACCAGACUGACAGCUAUUGAAGCCAAAUUCCGCCCUACUGAGUACCAAGUUACCGCUCCUCAGCAUAGGCCAUGGCAACAGUCAAUUGUGGAGAAAACUGCGGAGAAACCUACGGAGAAAACUGCGGAGAAGCAGAGCAUCGCCAGCAGCAGCGACAAUGACAAUACGGGCACGCUCUCCACUAUUCCACACCAGGCUACUAUGCACUAUUGCAGAGAGUCUUCCCCUCGCCACAACGGUGCUCCAUUUUCUACUCUCGCCUCUCAACUCGCCUCUCAACUCGCCUCUCCACCUGACUACAUUCACUACGGGAAAGGCAUGGAGGCUACAGGCCAAGGAUAG